AUGACACAGCCUGUUAGCCAAGCACCUGCAAGCUACAUGGAUACCUGUCCGAAAUAUGACAUAGCUCUUUGGGAGACACACGCAACCGAGGAUGACUGUUCCUUUAUCAUCCGAACGGACAACGGACAUGCAUUCUACUGCGAGACGUCGCCGUCUUCCAUCGAUCCCCCCUCGCCAAACAGCAAAGUAGAUGAAGAUGAAGAUGAAGAUUUUUAUAUUGAAGACGCGUGCGACUGGCUCUCGACGCCGUUCCGGCCCCUGAUCGCGAGUCUCGCUCCUGGCACGCUGAACGAGGCCGGAAGCGGGCUGCCGACGCUGGGCCAAUACCUGUUCCCGCGCUAUUUCGUCUGUUCACUCGCCGCCACGGACGAAAAGCUCCACGCAUAUGAGCGAGCCUCUCGGGAACACCACUGGGGCAGCCCAGUGCUUCUCGUGGGCGAUGACUUGCUGGCUGACCUGGAGAGCUGGACACGAUCGUUUCACCCCUCUCAAGUUCACAUUUGCUAUGAAAACCCAGAGGAUAUUCUAAUCAAACCCCCACGACAAGUGCUCGUCCACGGUGAUGACGGCAGUGCCACGGAAUGCUUUUUUAAACCCUUGAACCUCUCGUUCAGACAAGCGCAUGCCCAGUCCGAACUUGCCACCCACAUACGGCUGGCGCGGGCUCACAUACUGGACCUGCCGCAGGCCUUCAUCUGUCGCCUCUACGGCGUUGUUCGCGAUGGAAACAGCGUGGCAGGCAUGCUGUUCGCAUGGAUCGAGAACAAAGGGGCCUUGUCGGAGGCGAGAGCAGAGCAAAGCCCUGUUGCGCUGCGCAGACGCUGGACCACCCAGAUCAGCGGCACGGUGCAGAUACUGCAUGAUCGGAACAUUGUCUGGGGUGACGCAAAGGCGGACAAUGUUUUGAUCGAUAUGAACGAUGACGCAUGGGUUAUUGACUUUGGAGGGAGUUACACUUUGGGGUGGGUUGAUAAGGAAAUUGCUGGCACGGUGGAUGGCGAUAUGCAGGGGCUAUCGAAAAUUAUGAGCAUUCUUUCUUGA